GUGGGUCAGCGAAGGAAUUCAGUUUCAAACACAACCAGGAAGUUAGCAACAGGAGGCACGGACGUCGGCUUUUGAAGGACUGAAAAACAAUAGCACCGUCAUAAAACUACGAAUCCAAGAAAACAGACAUAAUAUUUUACAAAUUAAGUGGGCAGUCCGUGUUUUAUUCCCGUGGACGUGUCGUAUCCCAAAUUUUUGGGAAACAUGGAACAUAACAUGGAGCAGGGUGAUGAGGUGGUGGAACAGGACCGGGUCAAGACCCUACAGUCCCAGGUGGAUGGAGUGAAGGACAUCAUGACCCAGAAUGUGGACCGCAUCCUGGCUCGGGGCGAGAGGCUGGACGACCUGAUGGGCAAGACAGAGGACCUCCAGGCUGGGGCCCAGAACUUCAAGCACACGUCUCAGAAGGUGGCUCGCUCAUACUGGUGGAAGAACGUGAAGCUGGUGGUGGUAAUCGUGGUGAUCGUGCUCAUCAUUGUCCUCAUCAUCGUGCUGCUGGCCACGGGAGUCAUCCCCACCAGCCAGCCAGUCCCUGCACCGACCUCCAAGCCACACAACUGAGACGGACAAAAUUGCACAUGCGUCUGUACCGGUACUCCCAUACAGCUCCAAAAAUACCUGUAAAUGCACGCACACACACACACACACACAUAUACUCACACACGUAUACACACACCUCUAUCAGUU